AUGGCUUCUUUUGCUUCAGUUUCCCCAAUCACUGUUGCCACUCUACCUUGCACCAAGGGCAGAAGCAUAACCUGCCAAGCUAAUGGCUUAUCUAGCAUUGGAGGUCCAAUGGUUAAGGGACUAAGACUUGUGCCCAAGAUCAAGAUCACUAGGGCAGCAGAAAGAUCAUUUCCAAUCCCUAGUUGCUUCAAGACUGCAAUCUCAUGUUCUAUUGCUCACCCAGAGACUCUGCUAACUGUCCAAAGCACAAUUGCCAAGCAACUCUCCAUUGAUGAAAGCACUGUGACUCCCGAAACUAAGUUUGUCGAUUUGGGGGCUGAUUCUUUGGACACAGUUGAAAUCUUGAUGGCUUUGGAGGAGAAGUUCGGAGUGUCCGUUGGAGAAGCGGGGGCAGAGAACAUCUCAACCGUUCAAGAUGCUGCUGAUCUGAUUGAGAAAGUGAAAUCAGCUUCAACUUAAGUCGAUCUGAAGGAAAUUAAUUCCUUGCUGUUUUCCAGUCAAGUUUUGUUUUCUAAUUUUUCCCUUUAGAUUAUAAUGUCACAACUCGAACAAGAUCAUGACCUAUAAUUUUCGUUUGGAAUAUGGAAUGGAUUAUGACAAAUAAAUUUAUCAAACUUUUACCUUAGACUUUUUCUUAGAGACUCGGACAGCAACACUCUUGAAUGCUUCAAGAUGUCAUAAUUCUUCAUCAAUUGCAUAAUUGUGUGUGGUGCAUAUAAGUCAAAGUAUCCUUUUGUGCAUGAGGGUUUUUUUGGUGGAGGAUAUUUUCUAUUGAAAGGGGCAAAAACAUACUAACAGACACUACACCGAUGCUAGGACUCGAACUCAAGACCUUUCCUUGGGGAAUAACUGCUCCAAACCACUAUACUAGUGAGUCUUUGCACAUGAGGGUUAAAAUGUAAAAAGGAAUUGAUAUCUAAAGUCAGAAUCAAACAGAGACCAAAAACUAGUUUAAAUGUAAAAGGUUGAUAUGUAAACUCAUCAGGAGUUUCAUUGAAGUGGAAGGAUUCAACACACAAAACCAUAUAUAUACAAAUAUACAAAAGAAAACUUGAAGAUCACAUGGAAACAUCAAAUAGGCAAAAUAGCUAUCCUACUUUAGUUCCUCCCUCAUAAUCUCCAAGGAGCAUUGGGUUCUUCUCUUGUUCCCCGACAGAACCACCUUAUUUAUGUAGUACUUAGAUUGCAUCUCUAUUUACUAUAUGGAUAUAUUAAUAUGCAUCAAGUUCUCACAAAGGUUCUCUAUGUACAAUGGUGUGGAGUCGCCGGCGGAUACUUCAGAAAAAUCUUCAUCACUUCCUCUCUCAACGAUCCAAAGCAGCAAUUACCAUCCUACAAUACAAACAUACCUAAUUAAUUGAAUAAGAAUUAAUAAAAGAGAUUAAAGUAAUUAGUACUUGCUAAACAUUUUUCUCCAUGAUUGCAUCGAUCAUCUAAUCUACGAAAGAACCUACAUGUUAUAAUGUGGAUUUUGUCAAAGUGUCUACAUGUUAUGUUAUUAGACUCAAUUUACCCUCUCAACGACAACGAUUGAUAGUCUGAUAAUAUAACAUACUAAAUUAUAGUAACUAGCUAGACCCUACAUUAAUUAGUAUACUAAAUAUCUUAAGCCUCCAAGAUGGACGGUCUCUCAAUCUAGUUUUUAUUUGGGGGUUGACUUGUUCAGUUCUUAAUCUAGUGAGACAUGAUCUAAACCAAAUGAAGAUUUAUAUAUAUUUUCUCAAGUUUAAUCCUAUUAUCAUUUUUAAACACACUAAACA